UAUUAAUUCAAAAUGUUAUCAUUUCUUUUGUCAUAUUAUUCACCCAGUACCACUAACCGCUAACGUACCACCGGCAGCUUGUGUGCCACAGCUUGAGGAACCCGUCCGGCGGGAGUUUGCCCCCAGGGAGCCUGCCGGCCGAGCUACGGCACUGCUAGCAGCCUCCCCGUGUGGGUGUGUGGGGGGGGGGUCUUGUGUUCCUCCCCGUCUUUGUCCGCCCCCUCCCUCUCUCCGUGUCUUCCGUCGACUGUGAGGACAAGCGCGGUGAUCGAGGGAGGGGGCCGUGCCGUUCGGGACCGGGGUCCUUACGGGAGCGGCGUCGGGCGGAGAGGGACGCCGAUGUCGAGCCGCCGUCCGAUGGAGGAGGACACGAUGGAAGCGUGGCUGGACGAUCACCUCCACUUCACUCGCUCCUACUUUGUGAGGAAGGCGUCAAGGGAGAUGGUGAACGCGUGGUUCGCCGAACACGUCCACGGCAUCAAAGCGGCCGCCUCCAAAGACGGCCCCCCCACUUGGGACAAUCUGGCAACGAUGUCGGCGGCCACCAGCCAGCCCCCAGCUACGCCGCCACGCAAAAUCUCCGCCUCAGAGUUCGACCGCCCGCUCCCGCCCAUCGUGGUUAAAGACUCCGAGGGCUCGGUGACGUUCCUGAGUGACACCGACCGCCCGAGUGCGCCGAGUGCGCCCUCUCCGCUUGGGGACGCCGAAGAUGGGGGCGGUGGACGGGCGGCGGCGGAUCCUUGCGCUCGCCUGCUGGGGCUGGUGAAGGACGUUGCCAGCCAUCUGGACGUGACAGCACUCUGCCACAAGAUCUUCCUGCACAUCAACCAACUCAUCGCCGCGGACCGCUACUCGCUCUUUCUGGUGGGCGAAGACAGCUCCAACAGCAAGUUUUUAGUCAGCCGCCUGUUCGACGUGGCCGAGGGUUCCACGCUGGAACAAUCUUCCAGCAGCUGCAUCCGACUGGAGUGGAACAAAGGCAUAGUGGGACACGUCGCAGCCACGGGACAGCUGCUCAACAUCAGGAACGCGUACCAGGACCCUCGAUUUAACGCAGAGGUGGACAUGAUCACUGGUUACAAGACGCAAAGUAUUCUUUGUCUGCCCAUCAAGAACCACAAAGACCAGGUUGUUGGAGUGGCCCAAGCUAUUAAUAAGAAACACGGAGAAGACGGAGCCUUCAGCAAACAAGAUGAAAAGGACUUUUCUGCUUACCUGGCCUUUUCAGGCAUUGUGCUACACAACGCACAACUCUACGAGACAUCGCAGCUGGAAAACAGACGCAAUCAGGUUCUGCUGGAGCUCGCCAGUCUUCUGUUUGAGGAGCAGCAGAGUGUGGAGGUUCUUCUCAGGAGGUUUGCUGGAACCAUCUUGUCCUUCAUGAUGGCCCAGUCUUGUACGGUCUUCAUCGCUGACGACGACUCCACUCAGAACUCCUUUUCCAGCGUCUUUCACAUGGACUGUGAGGAGCUAGGUCCGAUUCCCAAUGCUCCCAAAAGCGAUAGCGUGAGCCAGAGGAACUACAUGUACGCUCAGUAUGUCAAGGACACCAUGCGGCCCCUCAACAUCGCCGAUGUUGGCCAAGAUCAACGCUUCCCCUUGACGCGUGAACCUCAACCAGGCAGACCAACCAAAAGUUUGCUCUGCACUCCCAUCAAAAACGGCAAAAAGGACAAAGUCAUCGGCGUCUGCCAGUUGGUCAACAAGGCGGACGAAGCGUCGGGGAGCAUCAAGACCUUCAACAGGAACGAUGAGCAGUUCUUGGAGGCCUUCGCCGUCUUUUGUGGUCUCGCCAUCCAGAACACGCAAAUGUACGAGACGGUGGAGAGGGCCAUGGCUCAGCAGCAGGUCACCUUGGAGGUUCUUUCAUAUCACGCUUCUGCUGCUUUGGAGGAGUCCCAGGAACUCCAGGCAGCCGCCGUCCCGUCGGCGCAGUCGUUGCGUCUGUUGGACUUCAGCUUCAGUGACUUUGAGUUGACGGACGCUGAAACAGCUUUGGGGACGCUUCGCAUGUUCACGGACCUCAACCUGGUCCAGACCUUCCAGAUGAAGCACAUGAGUUUGUGCCGGUGGGUCCUGAGUGUGAAGAAGAACUACAGGAAGAACAUCGCCUACCACAACUGGAGGCACGCUUUCAACACGGCACAGUGCAUGUUCGCGCUCUUCAGAUCAGGCGGCCUGCAGAACAAUCUGAGGGAUUUGGAGGUUUUGGCUCUGAUGAUCGCCACCUUGUGCCACGACUUGGACCACAGAGGAGUGAACAACGCAUACAUCCAGAGGAGCGACCAUCCGCUGGCUCAUCUCUACUGCCACUCCACCAUGGAACAUCACCACUUUGACCAGUGCCUCAUGAUCCUCAACAGCCCAGGUAACCAGAUCCUGAGUAGUCUCUCUCUGGAAGAGUACAAAAGUACUCUAAAGAUGAUCGAGAUGGCCAUACUCUCUACUGACCUGGCCCUCUACGUCAAGAGGCGUGAAGAGUUCUUUGAGUUGACUAAAACCAAGCAGUUUGUGUGGGAGGAUGAACGUCACAGAGACUUACUGAGGUCAAUGCUGAUGACUGCCUGCGACAUAUCGGCCAUCACCAAGCCGUGGCCCGUGCAGAAGAAGGUUGCGGAGCUGGUGGCGACCGAGUUCUUUGAACAAGGAGAUAAGGAAAGACGAGAGCUGAAUAUUGAGCCCAGCGACCUCAUGAAUCGGGAGAAACGAGACAAGAUUCCCAGCAUGCAAGUUUCCUUCAUUGACGCCAUCUGCACUCCGUUAUAUCAGACGUUGGCCACAAUGUCAGAGUACUGUUCUCCUUUGCUGGAGGGUUGCCAGACCAACCGUCGGCACUGGAAGCGUUUGGCCCAAGAGUGUGACGAAGACGACCAAAAGAGCCUGGUUUGACCUUUGGUUUGACCUUCAACAACAUGCAGCUUUUCCAGGUCCUUCCUGCUUUUUGGUAGUUGAACUAUUUUGUAAAGGUGGCCAGCAAAGCAAAAAAUAAAAGUCCUAAGUUGAAGAAGGUGGUGCUGGUGGUGAAGAAGGAAGGCGGCCACCACCUCGGGGUGGGACUCACAAAGUAACGCAAGGCAGUGGUGAUAUUUUCAUAAUCGUUCCUUCAUAACAUUCACUAUUUUUCCUUGGAAACUUGACAAUGUUUAUGUACCGUAUUUCCCUCACCGUAAGGCACGCUUCUCAAAAGUCGAUGUUGCAGCUUAUAAUCCGGUGUUCCCUGUGUGUGCAGAGUUCCCAAAUCAAAUGUAUUGGGAGCUUGUCAUCAUUCCGGGACGAUAAACGAUAAAUAAAAUUGGUGUAAACGAUGUGAAGUGAAGAUGCGAGCAGAGUGCGAGCGAUGGAUGAAAGGCGGCGGCGGGCGAGUUAGUCCACCGUAUAGGAAUGGAUGGUGGACGCUUGAUGAUUGGUCGGAGGCCCAGGUGUCAGUCGGAGGCUGACACCGACGAUGAUGAGGGGCAACCCGCCAUGUUUGAUGGUGAAAUUGCCCAGCUGUUCAAUUCAGAUACAGAAGAUGAGAAUUUGUGUUUGGUUAAAUAGUAAAAUAAAGGAAAUUGUUUGGGGUACUGUUUGGGGUACUGCGUGGGGGUUGGUACGUACAUCCAGUAAUUCUAUCCAGUAAUUCACCACAGAUCUAUUAUUAUCUAUUAUUAAGUUCAGGCUGUUUCCACCACAAUGGUUCAGGUAGUAAGAGGAACCACUUUUUGAGGUUUUUGGACUCUCUGCUCCUUUUGUACUGGCUAAGUACAAAAAUACACAACGUAAUUGGGACUGCGUGUUAUAAUCCGUUGUGCCUUAUGGUGCGGAAAAUACGGUACUUAAAAUUGUACACGUCUAUGACAGAAUUUUCCUGUCUAGUUCAAUUUUCUGUGUAAAACCUUAUGACUUAGUCCAUGUUUUUAUGCUGUCACAAUACGGCUUUAUUCUCAGAAUAUUUUUCAUAAACUUACAACCUUUGUCUAGUAAAUGUACAGGUUUGGGGGGAUUGUUUUUAAAUAUUACAACCAAUUUUGUAAAAAAAAAAAAAAAAAAAGGUUUUUGUCAUCAUAUUGUGACUUUUUUCAUGAAUAUCUUUUUGUCAUGUUGACAUUUUCUCCAAAUGUAUUCUUUCAUUUACAUUAAGAGUAUUUUCCACAUGACCACUUGAACAUUUUUUUACAAUCAUUUAAAGGCACAAGCAGUCGUACAGGCUCCCAAAUUCCAAAUUGUGUUUGGGUUUCAGGUUUUCAUAUGAUAUAUUCUAACGUUUUGUAAUGUACCUGUAAUAUGGCUUACUUGGUACAAAUGUUACUUCAUGUCAUCAGUCAGAAAGUCAACGAUAAAACAGAACUAUGUUGAGUACACAAGCUGUUUAUUUCUUUCUUUUUGUUGUUGCACCAAGUGGCUUUGAAGUCAUCGCCAAACAAGUCAUUAAAUGUUUGGGUUUUUUAA